UCCCUGGGUAGCCGGCAGGGGGCGCUUCGGCCCUGCUGCUGCUGCUGGUGCCGCAGACCCCGCCCCCUCCUCGGUGCCUGUCGGCGGCAGCCGCGAUUCGGUCAGCUCUGUCUGCUUAGCAGCUCCUCCGUUGCAGGACUGUGGUGGCCGCCGAAGACAGCGCCUCCCGCCCGCCCGCCCGCUGUCUGAGGCUCCCGAGUCGGAGGAACGCUGGGCGGAGAGCGAGAGGAUGGCGGCUCCGGAGCGAAGGGCCUUCGCGCACCGCAUCAACCGGACGGUGGCUGCUGAAGUGAGGAAGCAAGUGUCUCGAGAAUAUGGCAACUCCCCCCAGCUUUCUAAGAAGCGUGGUGGCAUCCCACAGUCGGUGCCUCUAACAGAAGUGGUAGAACCAGUAGACUUUGAGGAGUACCUAGUCAGCCAUGUGCCAGAUGCUGAGCCUGGCCCACUUCGUGACCUAGUUGAGUUUCCUGCUGAUGAUCUGGAGGUGAUCCAUGAACCACGAGACUGUCGGACGCUGGAGCCUGCUGUCCCUGAAGAUGGCAAGAAGGAUGCCCGUGUACAAGAUGCUGUACAAGUCUACACAGAAGACUGGGUUAUUGUCCAGAGAAAGUACCAAAGACUAAGCACUAUGUACAAUGCCAACACUGCUGAGAGGCAAAGAGACCGGCAGAAGGGGCUGCCUAAGCAGGUCUUUGAGCUAGAUGAAGUGGCUGAAGAGCGGAGCAGUCAGGGGGAUCUGGAUGACUUGAAGUGCUGCUCUGCCUCCCUGGAUGAUAUGCCCCGAGGGAGCUGGGCCUCCAGCAUAUUUGAUCUGAAGAACUCUGCAGCUGACUCUCUGUUGCCCUCACUGCUGGCGCGGACCGCCAUUGAGGAGACUGAUCGCAGGAAUGAGGAACUGCGGAAGGAGGAUCGGCACAGUGAAAUCCUGGCCCUUUACCCUGCUCCUGAUGAGGAUGAAGCGGUAGAACGCUGCAGCAUCCCAGAAGUUCCCAAGGAGCACUUUGGUCAGAGGAUCCUAGUUAAGUGUUUGUCUCUGAAGUUUGAGAUUGAGAUUGAACCUAUCUUUGGAUCCCUGGCUCUCUAUGAUGUGAAAGAGAAGAAGAAGAUCUCUGAAAACUUUUACUUUGAUCUUAAUUCGGAGCACAUGAAGGGCCUCUUGCGAGCUCAUAGUGCCCAUCCUGCCAUCUCCACAUUGGCUCGCUCAGCUAUCUUCUCACUCACACAUCCUUCUCCAGAUAUAUUCUUGGUGAUCAAGCUGGAGAAGGUGCUGCAGCAAGGGGACAUCAGUGAGUGCUGUGACCCAUACAUGGUCAUGAAGGAGAUGGAUGCUCUGAAGAACAAGGAGAAGCUAGAGAAGCUGCGGGUGUCAGCAGAGCAGUUCUGCACCCGCUUGGGGCGGUACCGUAUGCCAUUUGCUUGGACUGCCAUCCAUCUCAUGAACAUAAUCAAUAGCACUGGCAUGCUUGAGAGGGAUGCUUCUGACUCUGAGGGUGACCGCAAAGGCACCUGGAAUGAGCGCAAGAGGAAAGCAUAUGAGCGCUUGAGUGUUGGAGAGGAGACUUGCAGUUUCAGCAACUUCCGCCCAGCUACCCUCACAGUCACCAACUUCUUCAAGCAGGAAGGUGAUCGUCUCAGUGAUGAAGACUUGUACAAAUUUUUGGCUGAUAUGAGGCGACCAUCAUCUGUCCUCAGAAGGCUCCGGCCUGUUACAGCCCAGCUCAAGGUUGACAUCUCUCCAGUCCCAGAGAACCCCCAUUACUGUCUGUCUCCAGAACUGCUGCAUGUCCAGCCCUAUCCUGACCUCCGGGUUCGACCCACCAAGGAGAUCCUAGAGUUCCCAGUGAAGGAAGUCUACACGCCUCACACUACAUAUAGGAACCUGCUCUACAUUUACCCCCAGAGUCUGAAUUUCAGCAGCCGCCAGGGUUCAGUGCGGAACAUCACAGUGAAGCUGCAGUUCAUGGCUGGAGAGGACCCUGGCCAAGCCAUGCCGGUUAUUUUUGGAAAGUCGAGCUGCAGUGAGUUUGCAAAAGAGGCCUAUACUGCUGUGGUGUACCAUAACAAGUCCCCUGAGUUCUAUGAGGAGUUCAAGAUGAAGAUCCCAGCCAAUCUGACAGACAACCAUCACCUGCUCUUCACCUUUUACCAUGUCAGCUGCCAGCAGAAGCAGAACACACCUCUGGAGACACCUGUUGGCUACACCUGGAUUCCCCUCAUGCAGCAUGGGCGGCUGAGGACAGGUCAGUUCUGUCUGCCUGUGUCAGUUGACCAGCCUCCUCCCAGCUACUCAGUACUCACACCUGAUGUGCAGCUGCCUGGCAUGAAGUGGGUGGAUAAUCACAAGGGUGUCUUCAGCGUGGAACUACUGUCAGUCUCUUCUGUCCACACUCAGGACCCAUUCCUAGACAAGUUCUUCACCUUGAUCCAUGUGCUGGAAGAAUACACUUUCCCCUUCCGACUGAAAGAUGUGAUCCUCACAGAGAGCAACAUGGAGUCCGAGUUGAAAUCCAGUGUAGGCAACCUGCGAGUGGCUAGCUUGGAGCCCCUAGUUGCGUUCAGCCACCAGAUCCUCAACAAGCUUAUCCAGCUCAUUGUGCACCCACCUGUCAUUGGAGGACAGAUUGUGAACUUGGGUCGUGCUGCCUUUGAGGCCAUUGCUGUGAUGGUGAACCAGAUCCACAAGAGCCUUGAUGGCAGCCAGGACCAACAUGGCCACAACCAUCUGUUGGCCUCCUACAUCUUUUAUGUUUUCCGUCUGCCUGUGUUGGAGCCAGGCUUGCCAGAGACAGGAAUGUCACCUCAUAGUGGCCCCAUCCAGUAUGCCACCUUAUCCCGAGCAUCUGGCCGUCCUGCCAGCCUUAAUCUCUCCCGUUCCAAAAGCAUCAGCAACAGCAACCCUGACCUGACUACUACACCAAACUCCCCUGAUGAGGAAGUUCAGAAGAUCAUCAGCAGCAAGGGGAUCGACCGUUCUCACUCCUGGGUCAACUCAGCUUAUGCCCCUGGAGGCCCAAAGUCUGUGCUUCGCAGAAAUCAUCCGAACUCCAGCACGGACUUAAAGCAGGCUGCAGAGCGAGCACCUAAUCGCAUCUCCUCCUAUCUUGAGGGCUCCACUUUUGCUCCACCUACCCCGAUGAGACCAGUGACUAAAAAGCUGCUUCACGAAGAACUGGCCCUGCAGUGGGUGGUGAGCACCAGUGCAGUGCGGGAGGCUACCUUGCACCAAGCCUGGUUUUUCUUCAAACUGAUGGUGAAGAGUAUGGCACAUCAUCUAUUCCUGUGUGACAAGCUAGAGGCGCCUCGCAGGCUGCGCUUUCCUGGCCGCUUUGUCGAUGACAUCUCAGCCCUUGUGUGCGCAGUCAGUGCCGAAAUUGCCAGCCGUUGCCAGAAGGAUGUAGAACUGGUGGAACAUCUCAACAGCAGUUUGGCCUUUUUCCUCAAUGACCUGCUGUCCCUCAUGGAUCGUGGCUUUGUCUUCAACCUUCUGCGUGCCUAUUACAAGCAGAUCAGUAAUCGGCUGCUGAACACUCAGAACCCCAAUACCCUUGUUGCUCUGAGGAUGGACUUUAUCCGUAUCCUCUGCAGCCAUGAGCAUUAUGUCACACUGAACCUACCCUGCAGUGGCCUCUCCCCACCUGCUUCCCCGUCUCCCUCAGUCUCUUCAGCAACCUCCCAGGGUUCAGCCUUCUCUAGCCACACACAGGACCAGCGAGUGGCCAGCAUGUUUGAGCUCUCUAUGGCCUUUCGGCAGCAGCACUUCCUGGCAGGGUUGGUGCUGAUGGAGCUGGCGCUAAUCCUGGAACCAGAUGCAGAGGCGGCCUUUUUUCUGCACAAGAAGGCAAUCAGUACUCUACACAACCUACUGUGCAGCCAUGACUCGGACACCCGCUACAUGGACCCUGCUGUGCGGGCACAUGUGGCUCAGCUCUACUUGCCUCUGAUUGGAAUCAUCAUGGAUGCCUUGCCCCAGUUCUAUGAUUUCACAGAGAACCACAGCCAGAGAGGGCGGCUAGCUUCUGUGAUGGCUGAGGAAGGAGAUGGGGACAGCAGCACCAUUAGCCAGUCAGUUGCCUUGGCCAUUGCUGGCUCGCCCCUGCCUCAUGCACAUCGGUCCAACCUCUUUCAGAUGCCAUCAGUGCCUCCUCGCCAGUACAGCACUCUCUCAGCGGAGGCAAGCCGCAACCUGUUGGUGUGUCUCCUUUGGGUGCUGAAGAAUGCAGAUGGAGCUGUGCUGCACCGUUGGCUUGCUGACCUCUCCGCCUUCAAUGUGAACCGCCUCCUUGACCUCCUUUACCUUUGUGUCUCCUGCUUUGAGUACAAGGGCAAGAAGGCCUUUGAGCGUAUCAACAGCUUGACUUUCAAGAAGUCCCUGGACAUGAAAGCACGACUGGAGGAAGCCAUUCUGGGCACCAUUGGGGCACGCCAAGAAAUGGUUCGCCGCAGCCGAGAGCGCAGCCCGUUUGGAAACCAAGAGAAUGUUCGCUGGAGGAAGAACAUCACCCACUGGAGGCAGAAUUCGGACAAGGUGGACAAGUCCAAGGAUGAGAUGGAGCAUGAGGCCCUCGUUGAUGGUAAUAUGGCCACAGAAGCUAACAUGGUGGUGCUGGACACCCUGGAAAUCAUUGUGCAGACAGUGAUAUUAUCAGAAGCCAAAGAGAGUGUCCUGGGUGGGGUGCUGAGAGUGCUUCUGCACAGCAUGGGCUGUACGCCUAGUGCUGCCUUCCUGCAACAUUGCUUUGCCACCCAGAGAGCAUUGGUAAGCAAGUUCCCGGAGAUGCUUUUUGAGGAAGACACAGAACUGUGUGCUGACCUGUGUCUGCGCCUUCUGCGCCACUGCAGCAGCAGGGUGGGCACUGUCCGCACCCACGCGAGUGCUUCACUCUACCUUCUCAUGCGACAGAACUUCGAGAUUGGUAAUAACUUUGCCCGAGUAAAGAUGCAGGUCACCAUGUCACUCUCCUCACUUGUGGGAACAUCACAGAACUUCAAUGAGGAGCACUUGCGGCGCUCAUUGAAGACCAUCCUGACAUAUGCAGAGGAGGACCUGGAGCUGCGGGACACCACCUUUGCUGAGCAGGUUCAGGACCUAGUCUUCAACCUGCACAUGAUCCUGACAGACACAGUGAAGAUGAAGGAGCAUCAAGAGGACCCUGAGAUGCUGAUAGACCUGAUGUACAGGAUCGCCAAGGGGUACCAAACAUCCCCAGACCUGAGACUGACAUGGCUCCAGAACAUGGCAGCAAAGCAUUCCGAGCGUGGGAACCAUGCAGAGGCAGCUCAGUGUCUGGUGCACUCUGCUGCCUUGGUAGCCGAGUACCUGAGUAUGCUGGAGGACUGCCGCUACCUACCUGUGGGCUGUGUUACCUUCCAGAACAUCUCUUCGAAUGUGCUGGAAGAGUCUGCUGUCUCAGAUGACGUCCUAUCCCCUGAUGAAGAGGGCAUCUGCUCUGGAAAGUACUUCACUGAACAAGGGCUGGUGGGGUUGCUUGAGCAGGCAGCUUCCUCAUUUACAAUGGGUGGGCUCUACGAAGCUGUCAAUGAGGUCUACAAGAUCCUUAUUCCUAUCCAUGAGGCUAACCGUGACUUUAAGAAGCUGGCCACGCUGCAUGGCAAACUGCAGGAUGCCUUCAGCAAGAUCACCAACCAGGCCUCUGGCUGGGAGAGGAUGUUUGGGACAUACUUCCGGGUUGGCUUCUAUGGAUGCAAGUUUGGAGAUCUGGAUGAACAGGAGUUUGUGUACAAAGAACCCUCCAUCACCAAAUUAGCUGAAAUCUCUCACCGACUCGAGGAGUUUUAUGUGGAGCGGUUUGGGGAUGAAAUGGUAGAAAUCAUCAAAGACUCCAACCCUGUGGACAAGGCCAAGUUGGAUCCUAACAAGGCAUACAUCCAACUGACUUAUGUGGAACCCUUCUUUGACACAUAUGAACUGAAGGACCGUGUCACAUACUUUGACAAGAACUACAACUUACGCACCUUCAUGUUCUGCACACCCUUCACGCUGGAUGGGCGAGCACAUGGUGAUCUGCACGAGCAGUUCAAGCGCAAGACUCUGCUCACCACCUCUCAUGCUUUCCCCUACAUCAAAACCCGCAUCAAUGUCAUCCACAAGGAAGAGAUUAUUCUCAUUCCCAUUGAGGUGGCCAUUGAAGACAUGCAGAAGAAAACCCAGGAGCUGGCCUUUGCUACUCAUCAGGAUCCAGCUGAUGCCAAGAUGCUGCAGAUGGUGUUGCAGGGGUGUGUUGGCACCACAGUCAACCAGGGCCCUCUGGAAGUGGCACAAGUGUUUUUGGCUGAGAUCCCCGAUGACCCCAAGCUAUACCGGCACCAUAACAAGUUGCGGCUCUGCUUCAAGGACUUUACCAAGAGGUGUGAAGAUGCCCUUCGCAAGAACAAGACACUGAUUGGGCCAGACCAACGCGAGUACCACCGAGAGCUAGAAAGGAACUACCAACGCCUGAAGGAAGCCCUGAAUCCACUUCUCAACCGCAAAAUCCCUCAGCUCUAUACUCCUCUUGCCCCCCAUUCUGCCCACAGAAACUCCUUCAGUAGAUUGAGUCUGCGGAAGAUUGAUGCCUAGGAUGGGAGCCCCUGCUAGAAUGGACCACCUGAGCUUAUGGGGAUCAGUUGCAUGAAGAGCUACUGCCCCCGCCUCCGCAGGACUCCAGCCUUGCUUUGGUGACAUGCAUGCUCUGUGAUGAGAGAGAAGACUGAGAUUUGGAGCCCCCUUCUGUGUCGCAUUAGGCACUCUCCAGAUGUGGGGCUGGUCUGUCACUCUUGACAGGAAGAAUAUCUGUGAAAGCCAGUGAUGGGAAUUAUCUGGUUGCCACAUUUUGCUCAGCUGGACACUGUGCCUCCAUCCUCAGGAAGCUUCUCGGAGCACUGCCCUCAAGAUCAGGCACUCCAGUCUAGCCCUUCUGCGCAUCUUCUUCCUUACUGAUUGAAGAUUUGCUUUGUGUGUGUGAGCCUUGAACUUCUGCUUGGAGUAGCCAGAUCUGAAACUUUGGUUAUGGCUGUGGUUGGAGGCCCCACUGUGGAUUCUGUACAUCUGCUCUCUGACAGCUGGGGUCAGUGGAAAAAAUGCUGGUCCCCUGACCCCUUCCUCUUGCUCUGUCCUUGACUCUCCCUUUUGGCAACCAACUGUCUGGGGCUGCCAGUUAUUUGUGGAUCAACAGCUGGACUGCGUUCUGCAUCCUACUCCUGACUCAGGGAAGAAGGCAAUGGUCUUGGGGAGUGGGAAUCUUGGACACCUGGUUUCUAUUGGCCUUGGGAUGUGAGCAGAUCUCUGCAUUGAUAACUUGACCUGCUUACCCAGAACUUGGUCUGAAACCCAGGAAUUCUGACUCUCAUGACAUCUGCAAUUUCCUCCACGGCAUCCCCAGAUAUCCUGGAUGCCACCUUUUCAUAGCUGGUUACCAGUCCUAUCUCAACUGUCCUCCUGCCAUCUGGCUUCUGGGAUCCUCUGCUUCCGUAACUUGGACCAAAGACCCUUUUCACAUGCCUCUUGUUAAACCCUUUCCAAGGCAGUGAGCAGCAUUCUGACACACACACUAAAUCACAGCAGUGCCUUCUCAAACAGAAUGGACGAGGGAAGGGGGCUGGUAACUUCCCUUUCUCCAAAUGCCAAAGGGGCUGUGUCCGCAUCUAUUAAGAGAACGAAUGACCACCAGUGUCCAUCUUAGUGCCUCUUCCUCACUGCCACCCCUCAGCAAAUAGUAAUGGAAGGAAAAUCUGCCUCUACAGACUAGAACUGAAUCCAGACUCUUCUGUGCUCCCAUAAGAAGGAGAAGGGUGUUUUCCUGGGGUUGCUGUAAAAGGCUGCCAUCAGCUCACAAUGGCACAAGGAAUAGAUUCAGCAAAAAUGGAUCCACCCCAUUUCCUUCAAAAGGGAAUGAUUUGGGGACAGAGAAAAUGGCUGUGGAGGUGGGGGCCUCAACCAGAGAGUGUGAAUCCAGAUAUACUUGAGAGUGAGAAUAUGAUAUUUUAUGAAAAAAAUAAAGAAAAUAUGUUUUAAUCCAGACUAUAGGCUGGUUCUGACAUCUUGUGGAACCUCUGUUUAAAGCUGGCACUGGAUGACAUCUCUAAGCCUUGGGAGGGUGCACUUCCCCUCCUCCAGUGUGUGUCUGCUUCUGAUUUUGGUUAAAAUAAACCAAGAUUGGUCAUGAAAUCCAAACCAUCUGGUCUUAAUAUAGUCUAACCUACUGACUUGAAAUAAUCCAUGAUCUGAAACUCGCAUCAAACCUUGGUUUUGGAUUGUGGUUUAUUUCAAGCAAGUCAGAAUCAACCAAGAUGGAAUGGUCCAGACAUCAUGACCAAUUUUGGUUUAUUUUAACCUAAAUCAGCAGUAGAUGCUUGUGUGGGUAUUGGAGCAGGCAGAUCACAUUCCAAAAGUGGAGGGUGUUGUGCAAAGCCAGAUUUUAACAAAGUAUCUGUGAUGUCUGAACCAGCCCUAUGUGUCUAUAUGCACUCUCUUGAUUUGGGCUGAGAGUGUCAAAUCAAGAAAAGAUAAACAUUACCUUCAGCUAAACAAGCAGAACUAAAGCAGAAAAUUAAUGUCGGCAGAACUGAAUCUGUUCUAAAAUAACUCAUUUUAGCUUUCAUAGAGGCAACCUUGGAGAAGCCGCUGCCAGUCUGUGAAGACAAUACUGAGCUAGAUAUACCAAUGGUCUGACUCAGUAUAUGGCAGUUUCCUAUGUUCCACUGGGCCAUUGCAAGAGGUGGGCCUCCUCACUGUUUUUCACCCUCUGUUUGUGCAACCCGCAAGGGCCUUUAAUAUAAAGGUCUGUGCCUUUGCCUAACAAUGGAAGGCAAAAAGAGAUCACUUGUGAGACUCAGUUGCCUGCCUGUAACCAAAGCUACAAUGAUUUGAUCCCAGAGAAGAGGGUAGGGGAACCUUUUGGCUCUAGAGUUCCAUUCGCCUUACCUUGUUCCAGGCCACAUUUUCUUGACAAGGUGAAUGCCGCAGAGUGUCAUGACCAGGCUUAUUGGGCAGCUGAACCUUGAUUUUUAUUUUUAUGUUUUGUCUGUCUGUCUGUCUCUUGCUUCUCUGUAGAGAAGGCUGUAAAUUUUUUAUUUAUAAUACAGUUAACAAAACAAAACACAAA